AUGCGACACAACGUCAUCAUUCUUUGCAAUGAUCGGCCUAGGCUCGAGAAGCUGCGUGACCGGCCAAUAAGAGCUCGAACGGUCACUUGCGACCACAGUCACGAAUCGACAGCGAAGAUAUCCCGCAAGUUGGAAGCGAUGCUGGAUACUAGACGCACUCAAGUCGAGCCUGUAGCGAGCCAAGUCACCAACACCUCGUCUCAAGUCACAGAGCCCCUCAUUGUAAAAGACCAGCGAGCAGCACGACCAACAUACGGAAGUACGACACCCGAGAGGCUACCAAAAGACGGCCACAAGGUGGUGGUCAGCGACCAGAUCUUGGUCUCGGCUGUCGCCAACCUUAGUACUGCUUACAAUCUGGCGGUGAUCAAUUACGCGCUCAUGAUGUUGCAGCGAUCGUACCCGGAUGCAAGUCUGGAGUUGCGGUCUACAGUCGACGCUUGUUCAUUGGUAGGUGCCAUUGUGGGGCAGCUCACGUUUGGCUACGUGGGGGCGAUCAUAGGACGUCGAAAGGGCAUGAUUUUCACGCUGUUGCUGUCCAUCUUGGGAGCCGCAGCAAGCGCGAUGUUGCCGUGGGGCACGAACUCGGUCUAUCAGAUACUUGCUGCGAGUCGAUUUGUUCUCGGUGUGGGUGUCGGAGGCGUGUAUCCAUUGUCGGCAGCUUCGGCGGUAGAAGCUACAAAUGAUGAAGAUGAGCUCAACAAGAGCAAAAUCGUGGCAGCGGUGUUCAGUUUUCAAGGUAUCGGACAGCUACUGGCACCGCUGAUGGCUUAUAUCAUGCUGGCCGUGAACGCCCAUCGAGCAGUCAGAUGGCGAGUCUUGUUGCUUGUCGGUGCGUUUCCUGGAUUGUUCGUACUGCGACGAGCAUAUCAAGUGAAAGAGCAUUCAUCGUUGCCUUCGUCAACGACCCCGCCAAUUGGGCGUAAGAGAGCGGAUGUGGAGGUGAAGGCCUGCAGACCCAAGCUGUGGGAUAUGGUGAAAGCCAGCACAUCUCUCCAGCGCAAACUAUUCGGAGCUUGUGCAAGCUGGUUUCUCUUUGACGUCACGUUCUACGGGAACGUCAUUUUCACGCCUAUCAUUUUGCAGGACACUUACGGCUUGGACAAACACCACUUGGCCGAUGUGGCACUUUGCUCGUUGGUUGUAGCGGCUAUUGCAUUACCCGGUAACGUGCUUGCUGUCUUCGUCGUCGGCAGAUUGAGCUUCAGGACGAUUCAGAUCAUGGGCUUUGUCGCCAUGGGUCUGCUGUUCCUGGUCCUCGGAUUUUUCUACGAGCAACUGCUGCAUUUCAGAGGACUCUUGCUCGGACUAUACGCGCUCACAUUCUUCUUCUCGAACUUCGGGCCGAAUGUCUGUACCUUUUGCCUCCCAGCCGAGCUUUUCGCCCAAGACGUGCGUGUGGAGCUCAAUGGUAUUGCUGCAGCUACUGGGAAGCUGGGCGCUGCAGUCGGUGCCGCUUCGUUUGGCAUCAUUGAGGCGCACUUUGGCGUCUCGCGUCUCUUAGUACUCAGCGCGAUGGUCUCUUUGCUUGGAGCAUUUGUAACGUACAAGUUCAUUUCAACCAAGCACUACACGUCGUUAGGCGGGGCGUAA